AUGAUGGAAAAGUUUGGAUUUAAUGUAGUGACCAAUAGUCCCACUUCACCAAGUCAAGCAAAGAUAACACACAACAUUUCAGGUCGCCCUCAUCAUCCACCACGCCACGAACCAGUGGAGGUAUUGAGGAAACAAUUACGGGUUAGCAAUGCUCCCGGGAAUGAUGUGGUAGUUGCAAACUGUGUGGCUGUGCACCCCGGUGAUUUUGCUCAUAUCCCUGAUAGAACACCAAUCAUUUUGGAUGGCGUUUUCGUGUAUUCAAUAGCCAAGGAUGAGCGUAUGAAACCUGGCCAUAUCGGAUUGGCCGGAAAUAUGAGGUCAUGGGGAAAGUACUCGUUUGAUCAAAUUGUCAAUAUCGAGACCUAUGAUAUUUUUCAAUCGGGACAACAACAACAAUACCUUGGUGCUAUUGAUCUUCUGAUUGAUUUCGUUAAAACCAAAUCGAACUCCUCUCCAUUGAAUCACGAUGAAUUGGUCAACAUUUUCCACCAAAAGUAUGAGAAUCAAAUAUUGCAACCCACCCAAGUGAUCUACAUGGAUUUUCACAAUGUUUACUAUUCAGUCAAGGUGGAGCAAGUUCAAAUUAUUGAUGUAAACACCAAAGAUAAUUUGCCGAGUUUCAAAGAUUCUGGUGAUAUAAAAACUAAAGGUAUUUUCAUCAAGUCGACGGAUGUGGUAUUUUACCCUUAUGAUGGAUCAAAGAUCAAUAUAUCAAAAAGUAAAAGUUUGAAAUCGAGAAUAUUUGGUGGUAAUGGUGCUCAAGAGUCUCGUCGCCAUACCAGAAAACAAAUCAUCAACCCUGACUUCAAGUUGGAGGACUUGGGUAUCGGUGGGUUGGAUUCUGAGUUUCAAGAUAUCUUCCGUCGUGCUUUUAAUUCGAGAAUCUUGCCACCCGAAAUUGCAGAAAAGUUGGACUACAAGCAUUGUAAAGGUUUGUUAUUGUAUGGACCUCCUGGUACAGGUAAAACCUUGAUUGCACGUAAAUUGUCGAAAAUGUUGAAUGGUAAGGAACCAAAGAUAGUCAAUGGUCCAGAAAUGUUGAGUAAGUAUGUUGGUGCAUCUGAGGAGAACAUUCGUAACUUGUUCAAGGAUGCUGAAGCUGAAUAUAAACUCAAAGGUGAGGACUCCGACUUGCACGUUAUUAUCUUCGAUGAAUUGGAUUCCGUAUUCAAACAAAGAGGUUCAGGAAAAAGCGACGGAACUGGUGUUGGUGACAAUGUAGUGAACCAAUUGUUAUCAAAAAUGGACGGUGUUGAUCAGUUAAACAAUAUCCUUGUUAUUGGUAUGACCAAUAGACUUGAUUUGAUUGAUACUGCCUUGUUGAGACCUGGUAGAUUUGAAAUUCAGAUUGAAAUUGCUUUACCGGAUGAAAAAGGUAGAAAAGAUAUCUUUAUGAUUCACACAAAAAAGUUGAGAGAAAAUGGAUUGUUAACCCCGGAUGUCAAUUUCGAUGAAUUGAGUUUAUUAACAAAGAACUUUACUGGUGCUGAAAUUGAAGGUCUUUGCAAUUCAGCCAAGUCAUAUGCAGUUUCUCGUCACACCAAAAAGGGAUCCUUGGCACAAAUCGACCCCGAAUCAAUUGCCAAUAUGCACAUUACGAGAAACGAUUUUCUUUUGGCUUUAAAUGAUAUUCGCCCAGCUUUUGGUACCGAUGAGGAGGAUCUUGCUCAGCAAGCGCAACAUGGUAUCAUCAAAUUCAACCAAACGAUCGCAAAUAUUUUUGAGAAGGGACAUUCUAUUAUUGAUGUGGUAAGGUCAAGUGAGUCGGAAACCUUGAGAAGUGUUUUGUUGUAUGGUCCACCAGGAGUUGGAAAGACCGCCAUUGCCACCACUUUAGCUUUAAAUAGUGAUUUCCCCUUCAUCAAGAUGUUAUCUGCCGAGACUUUAGUUGGAAUGGGAGAAGCCAGAAAAAUUCAAGAAAUCGACAAUGUUUUCAGAGAUGUUCAUAAAUCACCAUUGAAUGUGUUGGUUAUUGACAAGAUUGAAAACAUUAUAAACUAUAACCCAAUAGGACCUAGAUUCUCGAAUGACAUUUUACAAGUGUUGAAUGUCUACUUGACCAAGAAACCUCCUAGAGGCAGAAGGUUGUUGAUUAUUGGUACAACUUCCCAAUACUCAGUCUUGAAGCAUAUGAAUCUUAUCGAUAGUUUCAAUGAUGCUAUUGCUGUUCCUCCUAUCAAAACAAUUGAAGAAGUUGGUAAAGUUUUGGACAAAUUGGGCUUUAUGACACCAGAACAAAGACAAGAGAUUAUACACCAACUUGGACAAUAUGAUAUCAACAUUGGAGUAAAGAGUUUGAUUGAUGUUUUGAUGGUUAGUAAGUAUUCCAGAGAUAACGUUGAUGAGGUUGUCAACAAUAUUGUUGAGAAAAUGAAUGGUUAA